GAAAGCAGCUCUUUGCAUCUCUAGCCAGGCACUUGUUCUCUGAAGUUUCUCUGCAAAGCGAGGGAGAGAUACUGGGAGCUUCGAGCAGCAGCUUCUAGCUCUGUGUUCGGAGCUACAUUGAAAGCUUGCACUGCAGAGAGGGCUACGUGGAAAGCCUGAGCUGCCAACGGGGCAGGAGAUACCAGCCGGACAACUCUGCUUUUUCCCGGACGUGCGUGCCAGGAGCCGAGUGACUUUGCCUAUUCUGCUUGCUGGCUACGGAGGGGACCGGACGGCUUUCGCUGGGGUGGUAUCUGAUUCGGUUGUGUUUGUGCAUCCCAGGGAGGGCAUCGCGGGCGGCCUGUGUCUAGUAGCAGAGGGACGGAAAGCCGGGUGGUUGGGGAAGCUGCUCGAUUCGAAGCCGACCUAAACAUCCAAACAAGUCACUGUGUGCUGCCGCUUGGUUGAGAGUACUCACGCAAGAGGCACCAUGCAGCUGGAUAGCGUCACCAACGCGGGUGUCCACACCUACCAGGGGCACCGCGGCGUGGCCAAUAAGCCUAACGUGAUCCUGCAGAUAGGGAAGUGCAGGACAGAGAUGCUGGAACAUGUCAGGAGGACCCACCGGCAUCUCCUGACGGAGGUGUCCAAGCAGGUGGAGCGGGAGCUGAAAGGCUUGCAGAAAUCGGUGGGGAAGUUAGAGAACAACUUGGAGGACCACGUCCCUACUGACAACCAGAGGUGGAAGAAGUCCAUCAAGGCCUGCCUGGCCAGGUGCCAGGAGACCAUUGCUCACUUGGAAAGGUGGGUUAAGAGGGAGAUGAAUGUCUGGAAGGAGGUAUUUUUCCGCCUAGAGCGAUGGGCAGACCGGCUGGAGUCCAUGGGGGGCAAAUACUGCCCCACGGACAGUGCUAGGCAGACCGUGUCCGUCGGGGUGGGUGGCCCAGAAAUCAGACCCAGUGAAGGGGAGAUCUAUGAUUAUGCCCUGGACAUGAGCCAGAUGUAUGCACUGACUCCUUCUCCGGGAGAGUUGCCCAGUAUCCCCCAGCCCCAUGACUCCUACCAAUGGGUCACAUCCCCGGAGGAUGCUCCAGCCUCUCCAGUGGAGACCCAGGUCUUCGAGGACCCUAGGGAGUUCCUCUGCCAUUUGGAGGAGUACUUGAAGCAGGUGGGUGGGACCGAGGAGUACUGGCUCUCCCAGAUCCAGAACCACAUGAAUGGCCCAGCUAAAAAGUGGUGGGAAUACAAGCAGGACACAGUCAAGAACUGGGUGGAGUUCAAGAAAGAGUUUUUGCAGUACAGCGAGGGGACCCUGACCAGGGACGCCAUCAAACGGGAACUGGACCUGCCCCAGAAAGACGGGGAGCCCCUGGACCAGUUCCUGUGGCGUAAGAGAGACCUGUACCAGACCCUCUACAUCGAUGCCGAUGAGGAGCAGAUCAUCCAGUACGUGGUAGGCACCCUGCAGCCCAAACUCAAGCGCUUCCUGAGUUACCCCUUGCCCAAGACCUUAGAGCAGCUGAUCCAAAAGGGGAAGGAAGUGCAAGGCAGCCUAGACCAUUCGGAGGAACCCAGCCCUCAGCGAGCCUCCGAGGCUCGGACCGGGGACUCGGUGGAGAGCCUGCCCCCCUCCACCACAACCAGCCCCAAUGCCAGCAGCGGGACACAACCCGAGGCCCCCAGCCCCCCGGCCACCGUGAUAUGAGUAGAGGAAAGCCACGGUUUGCCUUAGACACCAGUGGGAAAGGGGUGCAUUGAGGAAGCUUCUCCUUAGCGAGGCGAUCUAGCUGCGAUCAGUCAGAGGACAUAUAUUCAGUCCAACGGCCCGCAGCAGAGGAAUGAAACUUUGCUCGAAGUUGGGCCGCUUGCAAAUGUGGCUGCCCGCUUCGCCCGAGCCACGCGACGGGGUGGCGCGAGGCUGAGGGUAUUACUUUAACCACUGCCGGGAGGGAGGACCCUUUCGUGAUACUAGAGACGACUCCCAAUGGCAGAGACAGCCAUCCCGAACUGCCCAAGGGUCCCUUCUCACCCGCCAGUCAGGACCUCUCCUCCUUCCUCUCUCUUCCCUGCUCCUUUUGUAGGGGAAUCUCCCUGUUUUUUAACAUGUCUGAUUUACGAGUGAGGUUUUUGUCCAGCGUGAGAGGAAGCUGCAGGUUUCUGCUUCCUCCUCAGCCUCUGCUGGAUUAAGGAGAAAACUUUUUAGAAGCUUGAAUUUCUUUAGUGGGGAGCCUAAAAUGUCAGCAAAUGGAAACCUCGUCCCUUUUUCCACCCAGGUCCUGCUCUCAUUUUUCUUCCCUCCCUGCUUUCCCCAUAGAAACUUCAUCCACCCAGGCCACGGCAGCAACAAGGGAGAUUUCUUCCCAUGUCUGCUGGUAACCUGGGGAGUGAGGGUGCAUAGCACUCGGAUAGGAAAUAUUACCGGACUUCUUCCAUCUCGGGUUGUGUAGGGCUCGGGCUAGAUAUCUUCUAGCAUCGGAUGAUUGGUGAGGAAGCUAGCAUUGUACAGGGGUUAAUUCCUACAUUUUGAAAAAAUCAAACAAACACACCGUGAACUCAGAGCUAAUAUCCCCCACCCCUCCGAGCAGCAAAGCAAGUCCACUGAGACUCAGAUGCUAACACAGCAGGACUUUGGCAACCAGCUUGGGUGAGCUUUUGCCACAUGAAAGCAAGUACAGAGGUGGCACGCAUCCUGGAGCUGCCUCCACCUGGCCUCUUGCAAAGAGGACACCUCGAUGCUACAAGUGGCUUUCCAAAAGUCAGGUGUCCUCACGCUGGAGAACUCAAUGGCUGGACCGUACGUGAAAGCCGAUGGGUUUCCUACAACGGCCCCUGCAGUCUCAUGGAGCCGACAUGGGGCUCUGCAUUGCUUUUCUACAUUACCAGCUAACAAUAAGGAUGUGUGCACCAUGACUGAUGCAUGAGGAUGGGACUUUGAGGCAUGGCUGGGCAGUUGGGACCUUCCAGCUUUUUGUUUCAACACAGAAAGUCCAGCCUUGCAUGCUUAGAAAGCUCAAAUGGAGUCUCCGUUUCCAAGUGCAUCCUGCACCAACAACCCUGCAUCCAUCACCAGAAGCAACAGGCAGAAACAACUGCAAGAGGGAGUAGCUGAAACUUCCCUGGGACAGCAGCAGCAGCAGCAAACCGUGGCAUAGAUGGCUUUGAAAGCUCUUUGUGGGAUUCGUAGAGA